CCUAUACCAUGUUUGGAUUCACAAAAGCCCAACUCCGAGUUGGGUUCUAUUCCAAAUCAUGUCCCAGAGCUGAGUCUAUCGUCUCCUCUGUGAUCAGAGAGGCUACCCAAACAGAACCUAGAAUCCCUGCAUUGAUGCUUAGACUCCAUUUCCAUGACUGUUUCGUGGAGGGUUGUGAUGGGUCAAUAUUGAUUGAUAACGUAGCAGAUCCUGAAAGAGAAGCAUUUGGGCAUCAAGGUCUUGGUGGUUUUGUUGAGGUGGAAAAAGCAAAACAACAGCUGGAAGUUGCAUGUCCCGGCGUUGUUUCAUGUGCCGACAUUGUUGCUUUGGCUGCCCGGGAUGCCGUUGUCUUGAGUAAAGGACCAUUUUAUGCAGUCCAAACAGGGCGCAGAGACGGCCUUGUGUCAAGCAAGGCCCUGGCUAGUGAGAUGCCGGAUGCUGAUGAGUCCAUUCAAGUCCUCAAAUCUAAGUUUAGAGCCAAAGGUCUCACGGACAAGGAUCUAGUGCUCUUAUCUGCGGCACACACUAUUGGAACCACGGCUUGCUUCUUUAUCACUUCUCGACUUUAUAGUUUUGGCGGAAGAGCCGAUCAAUCAGACCCAGCAAUCAAUCGCAACUUCCUUUUUCAGCUCAAAUCGCAAUGUCCUAAUAAUGGCGAUGUCAAUCAUAGGAUCCCACUUGAUAGAACUACCGGUCAGAUAUUUGAUGAUCAAAUACUAAGGAAUAUUAGGGAUGGCUUUGCAGUAAUCGGAUCUGAUGCAAGACUCAACGAUGACAUUGCUACUAAGGCUAUAUUGAAUAUGUACGUAGGUGGUCGAGGAAUUUCUAAGGCUAAGGCGUCAUUUUUCGCAAAGGAAUUUGCAGCUGCUAUGGUAAAGAUGGGCCAAAUUGGGGUCAAAACAGGGUUUAAUGGAGAGAUUAGAAGGAAAUGCAACUCCUUCAACUAAAGUCAAUACUCUGAUUCCAUGUCUUAUUUCUACAAAUGUUUCAUGUGAUGGUCAAACACUGAAUGCUUUAUAACUU